AUGUCUCGGUAUUUGAGAAGAGGUCCAUAUUCGAAAGCAUGUACAAACUGUCGUAAGGCGAAGAAAGGAUGCUCAGGUUGUAUUAAUAAGCAGUGUCAGCGAUGCAUUAAAAAGGGACUUUUGUGCAUUCCUUACAAGAAUAAUUGCAAAAAAAUUGCGGAUAAGCAUGAAACCUGUCUAGAAUUAUCCUCUACCACGACGGAUUUUCAAUCCUCUUACGAAGAUCAGCAAAUAGAACAUUCAGAAAUGCCGGUCGCAACACAAAAUCAAGAACACCAUUCGUGCUCCUUUGAAAUUAUGCAUGGAAAUAGGGAAAAUAAACACAUUGCCGACUUAAUUCGUCAUAAUGGCAUGUCAAAUAAUAAAUCUAAUCAACCAGAGAAACGCUUACAUUCACCUGUUAGUGAAGAUAAUAAUAAUGCGUUAUAUGCUUUACACGAAGAUCACGAAACCAACUAUAUGAACUAUGAUGACAUUUCUGGCUAUAUGUAUUAUGGUAUUAAUGGCUAUAUGGAAUAUGAUAUUAAUGAAUUGAUGGGUCUAUCGUCGAUACCUUGUGAUGAUGUUCAAGGCACUUAUUCAUAUGAAAAUGGUUGCUACCAAAUCUUAAAUUACGAAUAUGCUGAUGAUUCCAUUACCCGCUUUAAAAAUCAAGAUCUCUAUAAUGACUCCAUCUACGUACACGAGCCAACCCACGAAAACUCAAACGAGUUUAAAAUUCCUGGGACCGAUAUCUAA